GCCCAUCAUGGCCGCCGCCAUUGCGGCGGCAGCGAGCGGCGGUUCCGUAACGCGGCGGCUGCUGCGGGGAGCGGCGCGGGGUUUGAGCGGUAACGGAGCAGCCACCGAGGAACCGGACGGCGCCGUGGUGAACGUCAUCUUCGUAGACCGGACGGGGCGGCAAAUCCCGGUGCGGGGCCGCGUCGGUGACAACGUCCUGCGGCUCGCGCAGCGGCACGGGCUGGAGCUGGAAGGAGCCUGUGAAGCCUCCCUCGCCUGCUCCACCUGCCACGUCUACAUCAGCGCCCCCCACCUGGACCGGCUGCCCCCCCCCGACGAGAAAGAAGAAGAUUUGCUGGACCAGGCGCCGCUGCUGCAGGAGAAUUCGCGUCUCGGCUGCCAAAUCACACUGACGGCGGCGCUGGAGGGGGCGCAGAUCGCGCUCCCCCGACUCACACGAAACUUCUACGUCGACGGCCACGUCCCCAAACCCCACUGAGACCCCCCAAAAACGGGGACCCCCCCCA